AUGAGCAACAAUUCAUCAUCUAAAAAUUUCCAACAAAACACAAAAUUGUUGAAUAAAUCUCAGCACUUGAUAAAGAGUUUUCACAUUUCUCCUUUCAUUUCGCUAGUAUAUAAGAAUGAUAUUGGAGAUAAUAUACAACGUGUAGCUUUUUCUAAUGUAUCACAACAAUUCUAUAUUUGUUGUGCUGAUAGUAAAAUUAAUAUAGUUGAAUAUGCAACAGGAGAAAGAUUAUAUACUAUCGAAGCCGAUUCAAAUGUUACUUGUCUUUCAUUAAGUUCGGAUGAUAGAUUCCUUGCUGUUAGUUGUAAGAGUGGACAAGUUACAAUUUAUAGUAUGAAGCAACAAAAGGCUUUGAAAACUUUCCGAGUUGGUGUUUCUUCACCUGUUAUUCAAUUAGCCUACUCUCCUGAUGAUGCCUUUUUAGCUAUGGCUCAUGGUGAUGGUAGUAUUGAUAUUUAUUAUACUCCUACAACUCAAGAUGAAUCAACAGGACAACCUGCUUUACUUAAAUUAUUAUUUACAAUUAAGAAACAUCAUCAAGGACAAAUACAUUUAAUGAAAUGGAUUGAUAAUUUAUGGUUAGCAUCAAGUGGUUUGGAUGGAGCUAAAGUAAUGCAAAUAGGAAAUGAAGAAGAUGAAAGUCGUCCAUAUAAAAUUAUUGCAAGUAUUCAUGAUAAUAGAAAUGAUAUUAGAGAUGUUACUUUAUUGAAGGAACAUGAUACUGAAGAUAAUACUAAACCAAUUUAUUUAAUGACUGCUGGACAUGGUUCUUUAUAUCAAUUUAAAUGGAAUGAAAAGAAUUCUACAUUCAAUUUAUCUAACACAAUUCCUAUCAAACAUUAUUUCUCAAGUAUGAUUGAAAUAACUUCUACUGAAAAUGAUUCAUUUACUCUUAUUGCCAGUACUCCUGUUAAGAAAAAGAAUAAUUUGGUGAGGAUAACAGUUAAGAAACCACAAGUUUCUGAUAAAAAGAAGAAGAAGGACGAAGAUGAUGACGAUGAUGCUGUUAAAAUUGAAUAUAUUCCUGAAAAAUCACUUGUUGGUCUUUCGCAAUUAUUCAAAUUAUCUGAUUCUGAAAUUUUUGCUAUUACCAUUGAUUCAAAUUUUGCAAUUUUCAAGAGAAAGGAGAAUGAAGCAAAUGGUGAUGAAUCUGCUAAAGCUAAACUCAAGAAGAAACUUUCAAAGAAGGAAGAUGUUACAGAAGUUGCCUCUAAAGGAGUUUUGUUUGAAAAAGUUGGUCAAAGAUUGGGAUUCAACGAUGAUGUCUUGGAUAUGUCAUUGUUCUCAUCUAGAAAUAUGUUGGCCGUCGCUACAAAUUCUGAGAAUGUUACCUUGUUGAAUUUGAGUGAUGCCAAUCAAGAUCCAAUUGAAGUUUCUGGACACUCUGAAAUGAUCUUGUCUCUUGAUCGCUCAAAGGAUAAGGAUCAACGUUAUUUGGUCACUGGUUCUAAGGAUAAAUCUAUUAGAGUUUGGGAUGUCUCUAAAUACGGAAAUACACAAGGAGAAGAACAUGUCACCCCUGUUUCUGUUGGUACAAGCCACUUGACCGGUGUUACUGCUGUCUGUGUUUCUAACCACAAACGAAAGCUCAAAGAUUCUAAGGAAGAAGAUUUCUUCAUUUACUCUGCAUCAGAUGAUGGUGUUCUUAAAAAGUGGAAAUUAUCUGAUUGUAGCUUGUUAGGUACAAACUCUGAAAGCCACAAAAAGACUGUCAGUGAAAUUUCAGUUUCACCUGAUGAUUCAAUGAUUGCCACUGCUAGUGCUGAUAAGACUGCUAAAGUUUUUGAUACUUCUGAUUUGUCUAAGGUUCUCUUUGAAUUCCCUCACAAGAAAGCAGUGUGGUGUGUCAAGUUCUCACCUGUUGAUAAAGUUAUUGCUACUGGUUGCAGUGAUAACAUGAUUAGAAUUUGGUCUUUAAAGACUGGUAACUGUGUUAAAGUUUUGGAAGGUCAUGAUCAAUCAAUUCUCAAGAUGCAAUUCUUGAAUAAUGGUGCUCAAUUGGUUUCUGCAGAUGCCAAUGGUGUUGUAAGAUUGUGGGUUAUUAAGACUGGUGAAUGCAUUAAAGUUUUUGGUGAUGCUCACACUGACAGAAUUUGGGCUGUUUCUGUAGAUCAAAAGACCAAUCAAUUGAUUACUGGUGGUGAAGAUUCCAGAAUUAAUAUUUGGCAUGAUAACACUGAAGAAAUUAAGGAAGAACAAAGAGAAGAUGUAAAUUUGUCAGUUAUUCAAGAUCAAGAAUUGAGGAAUUUGGAAAGACAAGGUAAAAUGAAGGAUGUCCUUAGAAAAGCCAUUGAAUUGGAUAGACCAAAGCUCACCUAUACAACCAUUGAAAAACUUGUCAAGACUGAUGAGAAGACUGUCUUGGAAGGUUUGAUUAUGGAAUUACCAAAGAUUCACCUUAUGCACCUAUUCCAAUACUGUAUUGAUUGGAACUCUAACUCAAAGUUUUGUCAAAUUGCUCAACUUGUUUUAAAGAUAAUGUUUGACCUUGUAGAACCAUCUUUCAUUGAUAUUGCCUAUGAAAAAUCAGUAGAUGCUUUGUCAUUGUACAGUCAGAGACACUUAAAGAGAAUAACUUAUUUAGAACAAAAGAGUUUCAUUUUAGAACAUGCAUUGAAUCAAAUGAAUGCCUUAACGCCAAUCGAAAAUUCAUCCAAUGUUGAAACUUUGAAGAGUAUGCCAUCAAAGAAGAGAAAGGAAAUUGAUACAUCAAAGGUUGUUCAAGAACCAAUUCAGUUCAAGACUGUUGAAGUUGUUGAUGAAGAUGUAGAAUUUUCAGACCAAGAAGGAGAAUUUGAUGAAGAUGGUGAAGAGGAAACAUUCGAACCAUCUACAAAAAAGCAAAAAAAUUAA